UAGACUCCCUUGAUACAUUCAAGAAAUCUCUGGUUGAGGAGAUGGAGUCUGGAGGCAUUUUGCACGUGCCACAUAUAUCUAGGAUGAAUUUGAAGUUAAGCAUAUGGUUGAUGUCUAGAGUAGACGAAGUAUCUAGGACCAUAUACAUUCGGCCUGGUCGGCAAAUGUCCUUCAGGGCAUCCGACGUGCACAAGGUUUUUGGUGUACCAUGCGGUCCUUUGCAUAUACAGAAAGCGUCCGCCUUAGACACAACACAUAUGCGCAAUUUUAUGCAUAUCAGUCAGCACGGGAAAAAUCUUCUCACUGUCGUAGAAAAAAUCAUCUAUAGACCGUUAGACAAAGAUAGCUCGGAUAGGGAGAUUAGCUCUUUCAAAAUGGCUUUUGUCAUGUUUGUUGUUGGUUAUCUGCUAACCCAAUCACCUAGCCAUGAUUGCACAAACACACAGUACUGGGGCGCGCUUGCGCAAAUAGAUCACGUCGCAGAGUUCAACGGGUGCGAAUACCUGUUAGAAGAGCUGAUGGCUGCAUGCUUAAGAGUGAAGGCAGAUAUCAGGGCAGGACGGGAUGUCACGUAUCUGCAUGUCUGCCAUUUAUUUCUGCAGGUUUUCUACCUAGACAACCUUGAUCUUGGAUCACUAAACCUCUCGCACAAUACAUUUCCACGAAUAUCUGCAUUUGACGAAACGCAAUACAAGCGUAUGUGGGUACAAUGCAACGUGGGGCAUUUUAAAGGGACACCAGACUUCUCCGGAGCAAUGGUUUAUUUUUACCUUGAAUGCCAUUUCAUUAGUAGCCGUUAUAAUUAUGACCACCAUGUUUCAACCUUUUUUUAUGCAGAUUCGGUCUGCGGACCAGGUCUGCUAUGCCAGGAGCGCGUGGGACACCCCUUCGGAUCCGGUGCCCUGCGACAACAGCAUGUUCCCCGGGCGACUAGCAUGUUUCAACAACACCGUGCCUGGCUCCAGCCGGCCUCACGGUGCCCCCCUCUUCACCAAUGCACAGCCGAUAUCGUUUAGGCUGCCACAUGGCCCACACGGGGUCCCACCCUCGCCAGCGACUCCAGCGCCUACGUUCACGCGGGCAGCCACGGCCGGUGACUUUCUCAUGUACAUGAAGGCAAAUUACCCAAAGUUGGCCACCUCGAAGAUCGGCAUGCUGAUGAAGAAGCAUAACGCCACCACAUUUAGGCUCGCUAAUAGUCUUAAGACAGAUCUGUUUGCCGAGGACACCGCUUUUCUGAACGCACUCGUUAGCGAGCUUGGCGAGGGCUGCAUAUGUUGCAGCCUACGUACUCUGCCAUGCAUCAUUAACAAUCCACCAAGUCCCGACUCUCCAUGCUGCACCAAUAUUUACAGGCGCAAAUUGGAUAUGGCCGACUCCGAUGGAGAAAUCUUCGCAGGACACCACCAGCGGGGAUCGUGCAGGUUUUCUCACGCCAGUACCAUCCAAGAGCCUGGUUAUCGCCCAAUCUUCAGCAGACGAACAGAAAGGAUAGUGGGACGGGCUUGCAGGUUUAAUUAUGAUGCUGGACGGCGAGGCCACACACACCGCCGGGACAGUGGUUUUUGGUCAGGCAUCUCGUGACUUCCCGCCCAAGCAAGAAGCCAUGCAUGCAGCGUAUGCCACGCCGCACUGGAUUGACGGCCGAGAUCGUCCAACUGUGUUGGUGUCCGUGUGGAAAGCGGCCGACUUGUUUUUAAAAACGGUCUCGCCGGAAGAGCUUGAAAGGUUCAUCUCGAUCACCCCGACGCCACUGCUUACACAGAUUGUCAAGUCAGACCAUCUCGACCACGAGUUAUGCGCGUUGAUUUUCCGUCGCCGAGACCAAAUCGACGGCGCGAUCCUUUACCCUAAUAAUGCACCUAGAUGGCGUAAAUUUAUGGAGCCAGAUUUUUCGACUGCUGCACUAGCUGGAGAAGAAACAUGGACUCUGCUAUCCGUACGCGCGCAGCUUGUGGGGCCCCAAGUGUCAUUCAACGUAGCCGAGUGCACCAUGUUCCACGUGCCGACAGUUUUCGAUUUCGGAUGGUGCUUGUGUGCUUGGGACAUCCAGAGGAAGAUCAUCAACAUUUUUGAUCCAUCGUACGAUAGUUGCACCACACAACGGCGCAAGGAUCUGCUAGGAGCCGUCGCUGACAAGCUGCACGUUGCCUUAUUCACCCUAAUUUACAAGUUGUUCAGCAACUGGAAAGUUGACUGCAUCAGGAGGGACAAAGUGUUCCAUGUCACCUCACCGACCACAGUGCGCCAGACUGACACAGGCGUGUGGAUCAUUCGUGUCGCCAAACACUUUGAUGGGAGGAAUGUCAUGGCGGACAUGUCGGAGGGCGCCAUCAUCGCGGAGCGGCAGGAGAUUCUCGCAGAGCUCGUUCAAAUGAAAGAGAACGUCGCAUCCCUCCCGACGAACAUCAACGACAUAGUUAAUGCAUGGGCAAUCGAGUAGUGCCGCCCAGUCAGAACUAGUUGUUGUACUGUUAGAAAUAAUGCGGAUGUACGCUUGGGAGUACGGCACCGUCACAUGAUGUAUCCAGUUUAAUCUUAGUCAAAGUCACACAGAUUCGGUCA